UAUAUGGGAAAUGGGGUCAUGGCCAACCCAGCAGGGAUUGUCACCAUAUAGCGGGAGGGUUAUUUCCCAAGAGUCAUUUGUGGGGCUCACCAGUCAAAUUAAUUGGCUGAUUAUGGCCAAUUGAAUACAUUACUAGUUAUCUGUAUAGUCUGUUCUCUAGCUGCUGUCCACCUAGGUCAUAAUAAUGAAAAUACCCGAAAUAAAACCCUUUGCAUUCUAACUUUCCUUCAGAAAUACAUUUCCAGUUAAGGUAGCAUGCACAUUCAAGCCCAAUUAGUUCUUCAUGCUAACUGUCUUGGGUCUCUGUCUUGGAUGGCCUGUAUUAGACCCACAUGUAAUUAUUGUCUUGCAAUAUCACUGAAGUGAAGAAUUUCCCCACUCAACAUUAUUUAUGAUGCUUUAAGGAAAUAAGGGCAGUGUUGUGAUUUUAAGUGGCUAAGUUAGUUUGCAUCCCUGUUGCAUGCUUUUCUCAGCUUUUUUUAACAGUUCAUGUUUUUGAACCCUGCAGUCAUAAUUCUUAAACUUUAUAGUACUCUUCAUCUUGGAACAUCUUUGCAAGCAUAACUCUUACUCCAGCACUGUGAGACAAGUUCUUCAGAUGCCUGGAAUGAUGCAAUCGGUGAUGCCUGGGAUGAUGGCACCCCAUAUGUCUCAUGCUCCUAUGCAGCCUACAGGACCACCAGGUGUGAACAGCAUGGAUUCUCAAGUUGGUUUAGCACCCCCUGGAACUCAGCCUACACCCCCAGUAGUUUGUUCCCUUCCGCAACCUACCACAACUAACAAUUCUGCUAAUGAAGAGCCUUCCAAGCAGAAAUCAGUAUGGUCAGAGCAUAAAUCACCAGAUGGAAGAACGUACUACUAUAAUAAUGACACGAAACAAUCUACGUGGGAAAAGCCAGAUGAUCUUAAAACACCCGCUGAGCAAAUGUUGUCGAAAUGUCCAUGGAAGGAAUAUAAAUCUGAUUCUGGAAAGCCUUACUAUUACAAUUCCCAAACAAAAGAGUCACGCUGGGCAAAACCUAAAGAACUCGAAGAUCUUGAAGCAAUGAUUAAAGCAGAAGAAAACAGCGGUAAAUCAGAAGACACAGUUUCCGCAUCGUCUGCAGCUGUUGUUGCAGCAGGGGUUACAAUUGCUGCUCCCACUGUUGCAGAAACUCCUGUGGCUGCACCAGCAGCCCCAGCUGCACCUGCUGUGGCAGCCCCUGAAUCAGAACCCUCUGCUGUUCCUCCUGCUGUUGAAAAUGAAAAUGCAGUCAGUGCUGUAGCUGAUGAGCAAGUGCAGCCCACUGCACCUGCUGUGCAGGAACAGACGGCCGAAGUUGUCACUAACUCCGUAGAAGAAAUUCCUAAACAGGAACCCACAGAUAUUGUCCCCAAAAAAGACGAGGAGGAAGCCCAACCGGUUAAAAAAACUUAUACAUGGAAUACAAAAGAAGAAGCUAAGCAAGCAUUUAAAGAACUAUUGAAAGAAAAGCGUGUGCCAUCCAAUGCCUCUUGGGAGCAAGCUAUGAAAAUGAUCAUAAAUGAUCCAAGAUACAGUGCUUUGGCAAAGCUAAGUGAGAAAAAACAAGCAUUUAAUGCUUACAAAGUCCAGACAGAGAAGGAAGAAAAAGAAGAAGCAAGAUUAAAAUACAAAGAAGCAAAAGAAUCUUUCCAGCGUUUCCUUGAAAACCAUGAAAAAAUGACUUCUACAACCAGAUACAAAAAAGCUGAACAAAUGUUUGGAGAGAUGGAGGUCUGGAAUGCAAUAUCUGAACGUGAUCGUCUUGAAAUCUAUGAAGAUGUCCUGUUUUUUCUGUCAAAAAAAGAGAAAGAGCAAGCCAAGCAGUUAAGGAAGAGGAACUGGGAAGCAUUAAAAAACAUCCUGGACAACAUGGCUAAUGUUACUUACUGUACCACGUGGUCGGAGGCCCAACAGUAUCUGAUGGACAAUCCCACGUUUGCAGAGGAUGAGGAACUUCAGAAUAUGGAUAAAGAGGAUGCAUUGAUUUGCUUCGAGGAGCACAUAAGAGCUUUGGAAAAAGAGGAAGAGGAAGAAAAACAAAAGGGCUUACUCAGGGAAAGGCGGCGGCAACGUAAAAACAGAGAAUCUUUCCAGAUAUUUUUGGAUGAGCUUCAUGAACACGGCCAGUUGCAUUCAAUGUCAUCAUGGAUGGAGUUGUAUCCCACUAUAAGUUCUGAUAUCAGGUUUACGAAUAUGCUUGGUCAGCCUGGUUCAACAGCACUUGACCUCUUCAAGUUUUAUGUUGAAGAUUUGAAAGCACGCUACCAUGAUGAGAAGAAGAUAAUAAAAGACAUCUUAAAGGAUAAAGGAUUUGUAGUUGAAGUGAAUACCACUUUUGAAGACUUUGUCACAGUCAUCAGUUCAACUAAAAGAGCUACCACAUUAGAUGCUGGAAAUAUCAAGCUGGCUUUCAAUAGUUUGUUGGAAAAGGCAGAAGCUCGUGAGCGUGAGAGAGAGAAAGAAGAAGCUCGCAAAAUGAAACGGAAAGAGUCUGCUUUUAAGAGCAUGCUAAAACAAGCCACUCCCCCCAUAGAAAUGGAUGCAGUGUGGGAAGAUAUUCGAGAAAGAUUUGUGAAAGAAUCGGCGUUUGAAGACAUCACUCUAGAAUCAGAAAGAAAAAGAAUAUUUAAAGAUUUCAUUUAUUUACUGGAGCAUGAAUGCCAGCACCAUCAUUCAAAGAACAAGAAGCAUUCUAAAAAAUCUAAGAAGCAUCACAGAAAGAGGUCUCGCUCUCGUUCGGGUUCAGAAUCUGAGGAUGACGACAGCCAUUCAAAAAAGAAGAGGCAACGCUCAGAGUCACGGUCAGUUUCUGAACACUCUUCCAGUGCCGAAUCUGAAAGAAGCUACAAGAAGUCAAAGAAACACAAAAAGAAGGGCAAAAAGAGGAGGCAUAAAUCAGAUUCCCCAGAAUCAGAUGUUGAUCGAGAAAAAGACAAAAAAGAGAGAGAGAAUGAAAAAGAAAGGAGUAGGCAAAGAUCUGAAUCUAAGCAUAAAUCACCUCCCAAAAAGCGUCCUGGUAAAGAUUCUGGUAAUUGGGAUACCUCUGGUAGUGAAUUAAGUGAAGGUGAACUAGAAAAACAAAGGAGGACCCUCUUGGAGCAACUGGAUGAAGAUCAAUAAGAAAUAUUUAUACCAAAUAUGUUUACAAUGUGAUUUAAUAAAAAAUAUAGAUGACUAAUUUCAGGAAAUGGGUUCCAAUGUUCUGAGUUCCAUUGAUAUAACAGUGGCUUUUCAGCUCUGCUGCGUGACUAAAUAUCUUCAGAUACUAUUGUUGUGUGCCUGGCAGCAAAUUGGCAAAUAACAAUGAACAUUCAGAAUUCCAAGCUGAGUUCUGUUUCUGAUUAAGCUAGGCAGCCUGUAUAUAUAUCCCAUGCACCUUGACAUUCUUCAGAGAGCACAUAAAGACGCGCAGAAUAGGACAAAUGGAAGAUCAUUUUGUUUUUCUAGCUCUUUCUGUGUAGUGACUUGGGAAAGCGCUAGAGUUUUUAAGGCCUCUCAUGUUCAGAACACUUACUGGAAAGAGACAAGCUUAUUUCCCUUGCCAAGUAGGUCAGGAAAGGGGUGAUGGAAGAGGUGCUCAAGUCAUUCUCUUUGGAACGAUGGUCUAAUUUUCUUGUGGUUCAACUUUCAUUGGGAUUUUUAUCUAGGUUUCUUUUUUUGCAAAUGGAAGGAAAGGCAGAAGAGAGCUGAAUAUUUUUCUUGAUUUAUGGUGGUCCAUAACCCUUUGCUGAGGUUUUGUACACCCCAUUGCUGGCCAAACGGAUGUUUUUGAUUAUUUGUAUUGAAUUUUUGUCUUUAGGUUGAAAUAAUUCGAAGUUUCAGCCUGAAGCGAAAUUUUUAGUGUCAAGUUUUAAAACUGUGAACGAUAGAUGAUUGAUGGAAAUCCUGAAAGGCCUUUGCUUAUAAAAAGGCACUAAAAUGUGCUGAUGUAAUAAUAUAGCUAGCUACCGUUUUUAAGUACAACAAAUGUAAAAAAAAAUUGGCAGAGGGUAUUAUUUCAGCAUUAAUCUGAUGAUAAACAGAAAAUUGCAAAAUCAGACUGUAAAUUUAUUGCAAUAUGUUGCCUUAAGGACUUCCUCAGAAUGUACCACCAGAUUUUGAGAAGCAAUUGCAAUACUCUUGUCUAGAAAAUCAAUGUUGACGUAAUACUUUUCUUUUGAGAGAAAUGUUGACCUGAUGUUAAAAACUUGGUCUCUUUCUGUCUGUUCUUUUCCCUUUGUACUAUAAAUAGCCUCUGACCAGCCUUGAUUUGAUAAGUUCUAUCUGCCCUAUACAAUGAGGAGUAUUGACUACUGUGGUACAGAUUCUAAAACCUUUCUGAUUUGAAUAUUUUUGUACAUUUUUAUCACUUAUUAAACCUUGUCUUCUAGCGUGCACUAGUAUUUUUUCCUGUGUUUUUAAAAUGCAGAUACAUCCUGAUCUCACGUACUCUUUGU